AUGCUCCGCGGCCAGACCCUUCCCUGGAGAGCCGCGCUCCACAAAGCAUCGCGUCCAUUAAUUCUCCGGCCUCUACUCACUUCUUCCAGACAGAAUGCCGGUGCUCGGUCGAUACUAGCUUCGUCGCACCUCUUCCGAUCGCUCCCUCCCUCCCCUCGCACCUUUUCCUCAAGCUCUAUCCGGCGGCGAGAAAAACCCCCACCUGGAGACGAGAAGGAAGAUCCGGACCAAAAAGAACACAAGGACGGUGACGAAGACAAGGACAUCGAGCGGGCCCCCGACUCCCGACGGAAGACGGUUGAUCAGUCAGGCAAGCACGGCUCGUCAGAACCCGGAGCUCCGACAUCGGCAUUUGCGCGGAGGAAAGAGAAGUCGGCUGGCGACAAGGAGCAGCGAGGAGUGGAGGAAGAUGCCAAGCAGGAGAACAACUCGGUAGAAGGAAAAGGAAACUCGAAUGACUCCCCUUCGCCAAUCCCCUCCAGUGGCAGCUCGCCCGACUCCAGACCCAGUGGCGCGAACAAUGGCGGUAACGACGACGGUGGCAAGAAGGGCAAGAAGGGCUCCGGCGAGAAAGCCCUACAGAAGCCGUCGGUCCCUGAGGUUUAUCCGCAGGUCAUGGCCAUCCCAAUUGCCAAGCGACCGCUGUUCCCGGGCUUCUACAAGGCGAUUACCAUCCGAGACCCGAACGUCGCCUCGGCCAUCCAAGACAUGAUGAAGCGGGGCCAGCCGUACGUGGGUGCCUUCCUUUUCAAGGAUGAGAACGCGGAUGGCGAUGUGAUUCACAACCUUGACGAGGUUUACGAUGUCGGUGUUUUCGCACAGAUCACUGCUGCUUAUCCUCUGCGCGGGGAAGCCAGCGGUGUCACCGCUGUACUCUACCCGCACCGCCGCAUCAAGGUUUCGUCCUUGUUGCCUCCCAAUGAACCUUCGAAGGCCCCCGCUUCCGAGGAGAAGACGACGGAAAAACGGGGCGAUGUUGUGGCCAGCUUCGAGGAGGGAACUGCGGAACUCGCCCCGAAAGACCACUACGAGCCUACGUCCUUCCUCCGCAAAUACCCGGUCAGCUUGGUGAAUGUGGAGAACAUGGGCGAAGAGCCGUACGACAAGAAGAGCGCCAUCAUCCGUGCUGUCACCAGCGAAAUUGUCAACGUGUGCAAGGAGAUUGCCAGCCUGAACCCUCUGUUCCGCGACCAGAUCUCGGCUUUCUACACCGACCAAUUCCCGGGAAACCUUAGCGACGAGCCCGCUAAAUUGGCCGACUUUGCUGCCGCUGUCUCCGCAGGCGAGCUGCAUGAAAUGCAGGAGGUCCUGGAGAUCAUGAACAUUGAAGAGCGACUUCCGAAGGCCUUGGUUGUCCUGAAGAAGGAGCUUAUGAACGCGCAGCUUCAAUCCAAGAUUUCGAAGGACGUAGAAGCCAAGAUUCAAAAGCGCCAGCGCGAGUACUGGUUGAUGGAGCAGAUGAAGGGCAUCAAGAGGGAACUGGGCAUCGAGUCCGACGGUAAAGACAAGCUCGUCGAGAAAUUCAAGGAGAAGGCGGAGAAGUUGGCCAUGCCGGAGGCGGUUAAGAAGGUUUUUGACGAGGAGAUCAACAAGCUGGCACACCUGGAGCCGGCUGCCUCCGAGUUCAACGUCACCCGCAACUACCUCGACUGGCUCACUCAGAUCCCCUGGGGCCAGAAGAGCGUGGAGAACUUCGGAAUUCAGCAUGCGACUACCGUCUUGGACGAGGAUCACUACGGUCUUAAGGACGUCAAGGAUCGGAUCCUCGAGUUUAUCGCCGUCGGUAAGCUCCGUGGAACCGUGGAGGGAAAAAUUAUCUGUCUGGUCGGCCCUCCUGGUGUUGGAAAGACCAGUAUCGGAAAGUCGAUCGCCCGGGCUCUGAACAGACAGUACUACCGAUUCUCCGUCGGUGGCCUAACGGAUGUGGCGGAGAUCAAGGGUCAUCGUCGGACCUAUGUUGGCGCCCUUCCGGGCCGUAUCAUCCAGGCCCUGAAGAAAUGCCAGACCGAAAACCCAUUGGUCCUCAUUGACGAGAUCGACAAGAUCGGACGCGGUCAUCAGGGAGAUCCCUCUUCUGCGCUGCUGGAACUUCUCGACCCUGAGCAAAACUCCUCGUUCUUGGACCACUACAUGGAUGUCCCUGUGGAUUUGUCCAAGGUCCUUUUCGUGUGUACGGCUAACGUUACCGAUACGAUCCCGCGACCUCUUUUGGAUCGAAUGGAGAUCAUUGAACUUUCGGGCUACGUCGCGGACGAGAAGAUGGCCAUCGCCCAGCGAUACCUUGGCCCCGCUGCUCGGGAACUGACAGGCCUCAAGGAAGUCGAUGUUAACCUGACGGAGGAAGCCGUGGAGGAGCUGAUCAAGUCUUACUGCCGCGAGAGUGGUGUCCGGAACUUGAAGAAGCAGAUCGAAAAGGUUUACCGAAAGGCGGCGUUCAACAUCGUCAAGGAGCUUGGAGAGGAAGUGCUCGCCGAAGAAAAGGCCCUCACCGACGAGGGCAAGGCCGUGCAUGAGGAAUCGCAGAAAGAGACCGAGUACCCCGACUCGGUCAAUGCCCCUGCCGACCCGGAGAAGUCGACGACCGAAACGCCCCGAGUGGCCCUGAAAGUGCCGGACACCGUCAAGCUCAGCAUUGGCAAAGACAGCCUGACGGACUACGUUGGGCCCCCGAUCUUUACCGCCGACCGCCUGUACGACACUUUCCCGCCCGGUGUGACGAUGGGCCUUGCUUGGACCAGCAUGGGAGGUGCCGCGUUGUACGUGGAAUCCAUCCUGGAGAAUGCUUUGUCGCCCGAAUCGCGACCAGGUAUCGAAAUUACGGGCAAUCUGCAAAAUGUGAUGAAAGAAUCCACCCAGAUUGCGUAUUCGUUCGCGAAGUCGAUCAUGGCGAAGCAAUUCCCCGAGAACAAGUUCUUCGAGAAGGCCAGAAUCCACAUGCACUGCCCGGAGGGUGCUGUACCCAAGGAUGGCCCCUCUGCUGGCAUUACGAUGGCGACAUCUCUACUUUCCUUGGCAAUGGACUACCCUCUCGACCCGACCAUUGCCAUGACUGGUGAAUUGACAGUGACCGGCAAGGUGCUGCGCAUUGGAGGACUACGGGAGAAGACCGUUGCUGCCCGUCGUGCUGGCGCAAAGAAGAUCAUCUUCCCAGCGGACAACAUGUCUGACUGGCUGGAACUGCCUGAGAAUAUCAAGAAGGGCAUUGAAGGCCAUGCGGCAAGCUGGUACUCGGAUGUGUUCGAUAUCCUUUUCGCCGAUCUGGACAAGGAGGUGGCCCAGCAGUUGUGGCAGAAGCAACUCGCGAAGCCCCCCAAGGCGAAGUCCAAUGAAACCAGCGAGGACGAGCUCGACUGA